AGAGAGAGAGAGAGAGAGAGGUUUCAUUAUCUUGUUUUCAGAAACGAAAUGGUAAGAUGAUGGGUGAAGUAUCAGAGUAGACAAUUUUGAGACUUGUACAAAUUAACGUUUGUGUAGUUUUUCUUUUAAUUUGUGAGAAAAAAUGUGGCAAACAAGGGGAGGAAAUGGGCUAAAGAAAGGGGUAGGAAAUGGUUUGGUUGCAGUGGCUAUAGAUAAGGAGAAAGGGAGCCAAAUUGCUCUCAAAUGGGCUGCUGAGAAUCUACUCUCCAAGAGCCAAACUGUUGUCCUAAUCCAUGUUCUUCAUAAGACAACCUCUACUGCAGCUUCAUUAGGCGUAAAUCAUGCCGUUGUAUGUGAUGGAAACACCACAUCUGGAUCACCACACAAGCAGCAACUUGAGAAGCAAAACAAGGAUCUUUUCCUUACCUACCACUGCUAUUGCACUCGUAAAGAUAUACAAUGCCUUGAUGUCUUACUUGAAGACACAGAUGUAGUCAAAGCAUUGACAGAGUAUGUUUCCUAUGCCGCUAUCGAGUAUUUGGUUAUGGGGGCUCCAUCAAAGCAUGGAUUUAUCAGAUUCAAGGCAUCAAGUAUUCCGAGUAGUGUAUCAAAAGGGGCACCUGAUUUCUGCACCGUUUAUGUCAUUUCCAAAGGGAAGAUAUCGUCACAGCGGAAAGCUUCUAGGCCGGCCCCAUUUGCUUCUCCACUACUUGACCAUAUAGAGAAACUAAGUAAACCUACUGUUAAGUCAACCGACACACCAAAGAAGAGUAUGAAUUAUAGAGGCAGGGCAUCAUUCAAGCCUCAUCAUUUUCCUGACGAGCCAAUGAGGUCACCGGUAACAGCAAGAGCUUUAUAUGGAAGGCCUAGUGGCGGGUUUUCAGAGUCCGAUACUGACAUAUCAUUUAUAAGCUCUGACAGGCCAAGCACCGAAUGUGCCUCACCUUUGUUCUAUGAGUAUAUGGAUCCUAGAACCUCACGGAUUUCUACCAGCUCAGAAAAUAGUUAUGGAUCAUUCCGCUCGGGCAUCAAGUUCAGUGAUCUCAGUUCCCUGCAUGGUCGCUCAUCAUUUUCGCAAGAGAGUGCCAGGACUUCUUGCUCAUGCUCAUCCCAAAACUUGAACGCAAGUGAGGAAGUGGAGGCUGAAAUGAGGAGGCUAAAGCUAGAGCUAAAGCAAACAAUGGACAUGUACAGUACUGCAUGCAGAGAAGCACUAACAGCCAAGCAGAAGGCAAUGGAGCUACAUCACUUGAGACUUGAAGAGGAACGAAGACUGGAAGAGGCACGACUAGCUCAAGAAACUGCAUUGGCAAUUGCAGAGAAAGAGAGAGCCAGGUGCAGGGCAGCCAUAGAAGCAGCUGAUGCUGCUAAGAGGAUUGCAGAGUUGGAAUCACAAAAAAGAGUGAAUGCAGAAUCAAAAGCCCUUAGAGAAGCAGAGGAAAUGAGGAAGGUGCUGGGCAAUUUAGCUCAAAGUGAUGUCCGGUACAGGAGAUAUUGCAUUGAGGAGAUUGAAAAAGCAACAGAUUACUUUGCUGAAUCUCGCAAGAUUGGGGAAGGAGGUUAUGGUCCUGUUUACAAGUGUUUCCUUGAUCAUACAUCGGUUGCAGUUAAGGUUCUACGCCCAGAUGCUGCUCAAGGAAGGUCACAAUUUCAGCAAGAGAUUGACGUUCUUAGCUGCAUAAGGCAUCCUAAUAUGGUACUUCUUCUUGGGGCCUGUCCAGAAUAUGGAAUUCUAGUCUAUGAAUAUAUGGCAAAUGGAAGCUUAGAAGACCGUCUUUUCCGGAAAGGGAACACACCAGCUCUGACCUGGCAACUUAGGUUCCAAAUUGCUGCAGAUAUUGCCACAGGCCUACUUUUCCUUCAUCAAACUAAGCCAGAACCAUUAGUCCACCGAGACCUCAAGCCGGGCAAUAUUUUACUAGACCACAACUUUGUGAGUAAGAUUAGUGAUGUUGGACUGGCCAGGCUAGUCCCUGCUGUUGCUGAAAAUGUUACACAAUGCCAUAUGACAUCAACAGCAGGAACUUUUUGCUAUAUAGAUCCAGAGUAUCAACAGACAGGAAUGCUUGGUGUGAAAUCCGAUGUCUAUUCCUUAGGAAUCCUGCUCCUGCAACUGAUAACAGCCAAGCCUCCCAUGGGGCUGGCACAUCAUGUUGAGAACUCUAUAGAGAAAGGCACAUUUGCAGAUAUGCUGGAUCCAGCAGUGCCUGAUUGGCCACUUGAAGAAGCCAUAUGCUUUGGAAAGCUAGCCCUCAAAUGUGCAGAACUCAGAAGGAAGGACAGGCCUGAUCUUGCUACUCAAGUAUUACCAGAACUUGACAGAUUGAGAGCACUUGCUGAUGAAAAGACAGACCAUCACUUGUUGAGAAGCAGUUCUGGUCUCCCUCCACAUCCCAACAGUUUUGCUUCCAACCACCAGGAUGUUCUUAGCGAUCCUCAGAUUGUGACUUCAGAAAGUUUAAUGAGUCAAUCAAGCACAUCAUCAGCCAUUUGAAAUCAAUAUGUGGAAUGAAAAACACAUUGGCAAAAUGGCCAACGGGGAAUCAACUUUAGUAUAAAGAUUAAAUAUAGGCAAUGCUAGUUCAAGGUCAAUGUGGGCUUUGAUACAGUAAAAAAAUAAAAAUAAAAAUAAGAAUAAUAAUAACACAUCCGAUAUAAUGUCCAAAUUUUGUUCCUAGUGAAGUUGCUGCGUACAUUUUCUUCUAUGUAUCAAAUUCAAGGUUCUGCCAGACUGAACUUCUUUUGUUAUGUAAAUAUCAAUAACAAUGAAAUGUAUAUGACAUGUAAAUAUAUGUACAUUCAAGUUUUGUCCAGGCCUUCCUCUACCCUAUCUUAGGGCCUUAGGCCUUGGUUGAAAUAUACAAAAGUUGUAUAGAUAGCGAGUCUUUAAGCUCUUUCCAAAAAGUUACUUGGUCUUGCAAGCCGUGCCAAAAAUUUGCAGAUGUAAAACUCAUGGAAAAGGAAUGGAUUUCAUUUUCAUUGUUAGCCUAAAGUUUAUUCUUGUUAUUUGUCUCUCCUUCAUUUUAUUUUUCAUUUUUCAAUUUAUUUUUCUAGGCACAAGUCUUUGGAUUGAAAACAGGAUGAACAUCAGUGCUUGCGUGGGGCAUGGUCAAGGACUGUUUAAUUACAAUAACAAACAUUAUUG